AUGGAAAUACUGAAAGUUAAAGUUAAUAACAAAGAAUGGAGACAAAUUAAAAUUAAGAAUGUUCAUUUUAAAGCUACAAAAACAGAUGUUAUAAACGCUUUAUUAGAUUUCGGACCCAUAGUUGAUUGUAUCCUGAUAAAAAAUCAAAAAAGGAGAGGUGUUUAUGGUUACGUAGAAUUUAAAAAUGAAGUUGAUGCUAAUAAAUGUAUUGCAAAAUCACAAUCACGUGAUCUACUAUUUUGUAUGGGAAGACCUUUAUAUGCACUUGGUGUCAAAAGAAAAAAGGACAACACAAAAUGGAACGAUGUAAAGGAAGCUAAGUCUAUCUUUUCAAAUUUGGAAAUCGGGAAUUGGGGUGGACAAUCAUCUAAAGUGCAUACAAGUAGCAAAGGAAGAAGAAAUAGAAGUUACGCUGAUACUCUCACGGAAAAAUUUACUUUCUUAAAAGAAUGGGAAUAUCCGAAUGAUUAUAAGGAGCCAAGUAUAUGCUUUUCAAAAACCGCUGAAGCCUUUGUAUUGGAGGGGUUUGAUUCAUCAUCAUCAGUAACCUCAAAAAGACGUGUUAAAAUUCCCUUUCGUAUUUUAACCGAAAAUGCACGUGGAAUUUUUAUAGAUGAUAGUGACCAAAGAAAUGGUGUAAUCUCACUUUACAUUAGCUUAAAGCAUCCUCCAUAUCUUUACCGCGAAAACCUCAUGCGAGAAGUAACUGACGAUGAUUUUUGGACCAGAACUGUUGAUUGGACUGGAACUGAUAAUAUAUUUGGAAGAUGUUUGGUGUAUCGAUUAGUUUUUAGAUCUGACCUCAAUGAAUUAUGUGACUUAUUAGAUAAUUUUAAGUUAAAAGGCAUUCAACGUCCUAUGCCUCGAUGCCCAGUCAAUUGCGUUGAAAAUCCAGAUUAUUCGAAAGAAUAUUUUGAAAUUAUUCUUCAGACAUUACCAUUUGGAUUAUGUUAUAAAUUGGAAAGUUUAAUUUCCCAUGGAACAUUAACACAUUAUGAAUUGGAAGUUAACAACUUGGGGGAAAUUUUAGCCGAAUUGGUGCAUGUUGAAGAACAAGAAGUAAUAGCGUGGCACGCACUAAAUCAAAUAUCGGCUAAAUAUUGGGAUCCUUUUGAUAAAAAAUCUCAAGAUCGUCCAAUUUCAAAUUUUCAGGUUGCACUAAAAAACUUUAAGAGUGAAUUGAAUGUUUGGUAUCCUUCAAAUCCGAAUAUUAAAUUAAUAAACAAUAUGCGUAAUGCAUGGGUAAGCCAUGCAACGAUAACACCUACAAAAAUAUACUUUGACGGGCCAAACUAUGAACAGUCGAAUAGGAUAUUACGUUUAUAUGAGGAUAAAAUUGAUCGUUUUUUGCGUGUUACAUUUAAAGAAGAAAAUUUUGAUAAAUUAUUUGUUAAUAAAAAUGAAGACAAAGAUAUAAUUGAUUUGAGGAUUAUUUAUAUUAUGAAAAAUGGAUUUCAUGUGGCUGGCCGGUACUAUGAGUUUUUAGCUUUUUCUUCAUCCCAACUAAAAGAAGCAUCUUGUUGGUUCGUUUCUCCAACUGAAGACUUCAAUGCAAAUGCUAUCCGAACUCGUAUGGGAGAAUUUAGAGAUAUUAAGGUUCCUGCACUAUAUGCAUCUCGUAUGGGACAAUGCUUUACAAGUACGAUGGGAACAUUGAAACUUAAUCCAGAUCAAGUAUACGAAAUAGAGGACAUCGAAAGAAACAAUUAUACCUUUAGUUUAGCAAAGCGAGCGGCGAAAGAGUAUUGGGGAACCAAAAAACUAAACGAUGAUGAGAUCCCUUCAGUGUUUCAAAUACGGUUUGGUGGAUGUAAGGGAAUGGUUGCAGUUGAUCCAAAUCUUGAAG